AUGGCCCGAUGCAAGCGUAAUGGGCUCCUCACUUUGGUCAACACGGCUGUUCCAGGACUCAAAGGCUCUCUGAAGGCUGUAGAGAAGGCCGCCGAAAGCUUGGACAUGAGUGCAGCCAGAGGCAGAGCCGUUCCGAAUCAGCUCGAACGAAGGAAGCUUGCAGAUGCGACACGACUUCACCAUCGAUCUGGUAGCCGCGCCACCGCUUUCCUUCCUGGCACGGCACUUGCAUCACUUUCCGGCAGCGGCAGUCGCGAGCAGUCGCUCUCGCCUCACUUCACCAUGUGCUUUCAGGGUUGGGCCAAUUAUGCCUGCGGCCACACGAAGGCCUUCGAACAGACGUGCGCCUAUGCCGACGAUCUCGACGUCACUUUCUGGCUGAAAGUCGCUUGUCCGUGGUACAGCAACACCUCGCGCCAACUCGACUUCAAGUGUGGCAAGCACAAAUACUAUUGCGGCCACAGUGAGGAUGGCGCGUACCUCGAGAAGGUGCACCUGAAGCGCGACAAGGCGGAAGAGAAAUUCAACGAGCUUCAUGAUCAGAUGCACAAUCAUUGGUCGGGACUUUUGAAGACGAAAUGGGAGGCUCACAAGGAGCGAGGAGGAACGAAGGAAGAGUGGGUCCUCCCAAUGCCUCACGCAAGCAAGCACUCUCACUUCGCAUCCAGCUCUACGAUCGCUCACAGAUACAUCACUCAUGUCAAGGAGCGCUCGCUGACCCCCUUUAGGUACAUGUCUCAUCCCAGCGUCAAGAAAGUCCAGGAGAUCAUGACGAAUCUCGAUUCUCAGAAGAAUGAGGCACGUCGGGACAUGGAGAAAUGCGACUACAUCAUCAAUGAGACGAAGAGAUUCUAUCAGCUGUACGGGAAUCAGUCCAUCAUGAGCACUCCCACCCACACAGGCAUGCCCAUGGCCGCGGCCUUCAGUAUCGGAGCAGAGUCUCAAGCCAUUGCUGGAGCUCCCUUGCCUCAAAUGGCAUCAGCAGCGAAUACUUUGUAUCAAGCAGGCCUAGCCAAACCACCUGCUAAUCUGGGCAUGAUGGCUGGCUCAUCUCAUAACCAGCCGCAAGCAGGCGGCAUUCAAUAUGGCAACAUUCUGGGACCAGCACCGCAUCGGCUGGGAGGCCUUUACAACCCUGCUAUGGCAAACAUGACCAGUGGGCCGCUUCAAAACUAUGCCCAAGCUCCGAAUCAUCCAUCUCUGCCACAAUAUUCUCCGCCGAAGAAGCGUGGACGUGGAAAGAAGAAGACAGAGGAAGAACCUCCAAAGAAAGAGUCGGAAAGUGUUCGGCGGAGUACGCGUGUCCGGGGCAAGAAAAUCAACUAUGCCGAAGAGCUCACGGAUGUUUCGCGAUCACCAUCGCCUGAGAAGUCUGAUGCGUCUGCGUUCACCCCAUCAAAGUCAGACGCUUCUGGCAGUCCAGCUAAGUCGAAGAACGCUCGGCAAUCUAUUUCUCGCACACGGAACCUUCAACAAGGACUUCACAGUCGUGGCAGCCCUUCGCUACUGGACAAGAUCGGCGAGUGGAAGCGACAAGACAGCAGCUUCAACACGCCCUCGCCUCCGAAGCGAAGCUUUAGUCAACAAUAUUCACAGAUGCCAAGUGGAAGACCUGGAUCUCCUUUGAAGAACGAGAAUCUUCGGGCCGGAUAUUUGGACACCCCUGGAACGAUGCAAACCCAGCCUUGGUCCACGCAAGUGCCAACCGGUCCUCAAGGUCAAGCGCAUGCGGGUGCCCAGAGCGGGAUGUAUCCAACACACGCUCAGCGGAACUGGGUCGUCGACAGGAAUGGCUCAAAUCCAAUGCUCUCUGCUGCUAUGGCUAUCAGUGGAAUGCUACAACCUCGACCACAGCAGGAGUCGCAGCAGCCUAUGCCGAGCUACAACUAUCAGCGAAUGCAUCAAGCGCUCCACACAUCAUCUCAAGCCAGACUUCUUGCUCCAUCGGCACAACAUCUCGGAACAAAUUCCCCCAUGAAGCGCACAGUGUCUGCACCAGAGCAGAACGUUGCUCCCAUGCUCGCCCCGACACUAGCGGUCGAAGCAAUCCAAGCAGAACCUUCUUCCGAUAUCGACUGGAAUCUUCAUAGUGGCGAUGGCUCAUUCCAGCAGGAAAACAAAGUGCUUGGUUCACGAUCCGGACGGGAGGUUUUGGGGUGA